GCAGAACCUCUUCCAUGUCUGCCGGGGCAUUUCUGCCCCACGGGCACAUCACAGGGCACUCAGUUACCCUGUCCUCCAGGAACAGUGCAGGCACAGUCUGGGACAGCCAGUAAAGAUGAAUGUCUACCAUGUCCUGCAGGCAUGUUUUGUGCUUGCCAUGGUCUUUCAGAGCCUACAGGGUGCUGCCAGGAUGGAUUUCACUGCCCUUUAGGGGCUACAAGCCCAAAUGGCACUUGAAAUCUGAUUGAAUCUACAGGCAACAACUUGCACCCGCCUGGCCAUUAUUGUCCAACUGGUAUUGGCUUUCCUCUCCCAUGCCCCGCUGGAACGUUCUCCAGCUCCCCAUGGUUGAGUGGGACAGAGCAGUGCCAGCCAUGUCCUCCUGGGUACUUCUGUGUGCAGACUGCUAUGGUCCAUCCAUCAGAAGCAGCUCUCUGUGAUGCUGGGUCAUUUUUGCCCUUUUGGCACUGCUGCAGCUGUACCUUUUCCUGUGGGCACACUGGGACAGGUUACCAGGGCUCAGUCAGAGGCUGCCUGUGUGCCCUGUCCUACCGGCCUCUACUGCAACCUGGAACAUCACAACCACAGGGGGGUUACUUCAUAGAAAGCUGUCUUCCAUGCCCAGCAGGGCAUCAUUGUGCCAGCGAGGGCCUGGAUGCUCCAACUGGACACUGUGCUGCAGGUUUUUACUGCCCCAUAGACUUCUCCUCCACCACCCCGCAUGCCUUCCUCUGCCCCAAAGGUCAUUACUGUCUCUUAGGCUCACCCCUGGCCUUGCUCUGCCCCACGGGACAGUACCAGCCAAAUCCGGGCUUGGAUAACUGCAUCCCCUGUCGUCCAGGCUAUUACUGUGAGGAGGCAAUUAUCGGAGACCCCCAGCCUUGCCCCCCACACUCCUACCCCCCUGCAGCCACAAUGGUUCCUCAGCCCUGUCACAAUGGCACAUAUACCCCACCUGAGGUCGGGGGUCUGCUAGAGGAGAGAGAGUGUUUGCCGUGUCCACCAGGAAAGUUCUGCAAGUAUGUUCACAGAUCACAUGAGGGUGCUUCUUCAACCAUGGGCACUUAUGACCUUGUGGACCUUUAGAAAAUAAACUUAAAACAAAC